CUGUCAGUGGUGGAGCAAGGCAAAAUGUCACGUUUCUUGUUUACAAAAUAUUCUCAGUGCUAGGGAAAAAGGCAGAGGCAUUUUUCACGUGCUUUUUCACGCUGUAGUCAACAUCACACGAUAAGCUAGUCAGGUAGAUUAGUCAGGAAGUUAAUGUGAAGGCGAAAUGGCGAACGAUAGGGAAGUUCUUCGUCUGGUGUGGGAGGGCAAGAUUCCAAUAUGUUUUCAAGCUGAUCCAGCUGAAGUGGUCGGAUUGCAGCCUCCGGAGCCCUUCUACCUCAUGGUUCCACGUCUCAGCUACUUGCCUCUAGUUACAGAUAAGGUUCGGAAGCAUUUCGUACGUUUCAUUUCAAAUGAACAGCAAGAAGGCGACAUUUGGUUCGACUGCAAUGGAACACCACUGAAAUGGCAUUAUCCAAUCGGUGUUCUCUUUGAUCUCACAAUGGGAGACGAGGAGCCCAAUUUGCCAUGGAAUGUCACCAUUCACUUCGGCAAUCUGCCCGGUGAGUUCGUGUUCAAGUGCCCCACGAAGGAGGUUGUGGAGGCGCACUUCAUGUCCUGCCUGAAGGAGGCGGACCAUCUGAAGCAUCGCGGCCAGAUUGUCUCCGCCAUGCAGAAGAAAGAUCACACGCAACUCUGGCUGGGCCUCGUCAAUGACAAAUUUGACCAAUUCUGGGCUGUGAAUCGGCGCCUCAUGGAGUCGCACGGGGAUCAAGACUACUUCAAGUAUAUUCCGGUCAGGUGUUACAAUGAGGAUGGAACAUUUGUGCAGAAACUGAUCCAGCCGACGUCCACGACAAAUCUCAAGCAAACGCUGAAGGACCUGUUGGAAUGCUUUUCAUCACCUGCCCACCGCGCAGUUGCGGCACGAAUGCACGGCAUCACAGUCGACAUGGACACACCUCUUCAAUGGCUCUCUGAACACCUCUCAUACCCGGACAAUUUCCUCCAUAUUUGCCUCCUCUAUGACGAUGAUAACACCACGAUAGCGGCCGAUAAUGAUUCAUCAGUUUGCUGAAGACACACACACACAUGUCCAGAGUGUUUCUUUUUUUUAUUGUCAUUAAAAGGGAAGAAAAAAAGUCUCUCAAUUUUUAUUUCCAAUUCUAUUCUUUUUUGCACAGACUUUUAUAGCAUUUUCCGAUAUUUUAUUGUUUUCAUUCUCAACUUAGAUCAUAAGCAAAUUGGCAAUCCGCAUUGAAGUUUUGCCAUUGUGAACUCUUUGUAUUCCAUUUGUCCAUCGUUAACGCUUUGGAGACUUUUUCUCUACAUAUAUAUAAAUGUAUGUGUCAGAAUUGUGUUUUUAGAAUUUAUGUCAAAAUAUACUACGCGAAAAAAAUAAAGGAAAAAAAGAGCGUAUUCACAGGAUGAGAAAAUGUAAUGAUAAUAAUAAUGUGGAAAAGCACAGCAUCUCAAGAAUUGUCUCUCUAUCAUCGCGCAGUGCAACCAAAUUUCAUCUCCCUUCUUUGGACGAAAUGGCUUGAGAAGGGAAUUGAGAAAGAAAAAGAAUGUUUUUGUUACAAUUUCGAGUUCCUGCCGAGGGAGAGAAUUUUUUUUUACUCCUCCUCCUUUUUUCGGACUGAGCGAGUGAGAGAGAGAGAAAAAUAAACAAAAUUGAGCCCGAGAAUCGAGCUCAUCCGCUUGUAAGAGUUGAAA